GGAGCUGCCAGUCUUCUGCUCUAACGCCCUCAGUAAGAGCAAAAGUAAGCGGGCGGCUGACUGGCGGGACACGCGGCCUUCUCCUGAACCAGCAGCAAAGCCUCGGGAACGCCCCAAAAAGAAGAAGCCACGAUUUAGGUCGCCGAGCCGCAGGCCUUUCUUCUUCGCCGCUCGCUGUUUAGUGCUUAGUGCUGUUGUGGCAAAAAUCCAGAAAAAUAGAACAAAGAAGAAGAUGGUUGGAAAGGAAGCCUUUCAUCUAGUUUUGUAUGAUAAUGGCAACCGGACCCCGGCAACAACAACUCAUGUUUUUCUUAGCUCUAGAGUGCAACAAAACCUCUAUUUUUUGAGGAUGUUCAGCAGAAUGUGAAAGCACAGAAGCUGAUAAAUGAAGCCAUUUAGCAGUGCUGCAAAGCUAUGGGCAUAAUAUUGGCUGCCUGUUUGUUUUGGUUCCAAUUUAAUAUGUUGAUAAUUACCUAUAAAGCAGCAGUGGGUUGCUCCCAGUUCAGUCCAGUUCUUGCGAACCAGUAGUAAAAGCAAUGGGAGGCUCCACCCACCUAUCCGGAUGUCACCAUAGACAAUUUGCGUAUGCACAGCAGCGCACAUGCUCCCGUUGCAAACUGAUAAUAAAGAAAACAUAUUUUAAGACAAUAAAGCAAGAAAUGUCUUCACUGAAGGGUAAAAUUCAGACUGUAUUGGGCCUGAUAGAGCCUAGCCAACUGGGCUACACGAUGACGCAUGAACACUUGACAAUGGGCUUCAGCUGCUGUUACUAUCCACCACCUCCAGGUCAAGAAGUUCUUUCUGAAAAACCCAUUGAGAUGAAGCACUUGUUUUGGCUUAAACAGAACCCUUAUAGCCACAAAGAGAAUCUUCUGCUUUAUGAAGAGACUGAUGCUGUGAGAGAAGAGCUCCUUCAUUACAAGGCUGCAGGAGGUGGAAGCAUAGUAGAAAACACCACCACUGGGAUAAUGCGAGAUGUGAAGAUACUAAAACAGCUUUCAGAAGAAACUGGUGUCCAUGUUAUUGCUGGGGCAGGUUUUUACGUAGAUGCUACUCAUUCCUCUGAGACUAAAGCUAUGACUGUGGAAAAGUUGACAGAAGUUAUUGUUAAUGAAGUUCUCAAUGGAGCUGAUGGAAGCAACAUCAAGUGUGGUGUAAUAGGAGAAAUUGGCUGCUCUUGGCCUUUGACUGACAGUGAAAACAGAGUUCUUAAAGCAACAGCACAUGCCCAGGCCCAUCUUGGCUGUCCAGUCAUCAUUCAUCCAGCCCGAAAUGGGGAUUCACCUUUCCAGAUCAUUAGAAUUUUGCAGGAAGCUGGGGCUGACAUCUCAAAAACUGUCAUGUCUCAUUUGGACAGGACUAUAUUUGAUGAGAAGAAACUAUUAGAGUUUGCCAAACUUGGAUGCUACUUAGAAUAUGACCUUUUUGGAACCGAAUUUAUUUCCUAUCAUAUGAAUCCUGAUGUUGACAUGCCAAGCGACAACGAAAGAAUUUUACGAUGAAACUAGAGGUGUAUCAAUAUGAUAUUGUAUACGAUUCCUAUCAGUUCUAUAUCCGAAUCAGGCCUUGUGGAUAAAACAAAGGAUGCAAGAUUAUAGAAGUGUGAAGGCAGUCAGCAUGUAAUCCAUUGAUGCUCUUAUAUCUGAAUCAAAAAACUUUUAAUGCUCUUCUAUAAAAAAGAUCAAAUUGAAAUAUGAAUCAUCUGAAAAAGCAAAAAGUGUGAAAUCACCAGGUAACUAUCACUAUUCUUUUUUAUAUUAAUAUUAAAAGAUUUUCAUAAAAACAAUAUUGAAAUAUAUAUUGCAGUAUUAAGAGUCUAGUCAUAUACAAUUAUUUAAGCCUUCAUGCUCAAGAUUUGUUUUAAAAUAAGUCAUAUUGGAUUAACUAUAUUUAACAAAUAGGCUAUUUGAAGCUGCUAGCACAUCUGAUAUCAGUUCAGCAUAUAACUAAACAAGAAUUGCAUCAGAUCAUUUAUAUGUACUUUAGAUGCAUAAAUAUUUAACCUUUAAUGACCAUUUUUGCAAUGUAUUUAUAGUUUUAUCCUUUAAUAGAUCUAUGAUUUAAUGGUUUUGGAUGUCUGAACUAAAAAAAUAGUUCAAGACUUGAUAAACACUCUUCUGGAUAUUUUUGGAAUUGAAAGAAGUACAAUAUGUCAAAAAUGCCUAUACAUGCCUUUCAAAAGUAUAAAUGAUAGGUUUUCAAAUUAAAUGUUUAUAUAUAGCCCCAUGUUAGUACAGAAAUGUUAACAAUAUAUAAGACUUCCUGCCAUGCAAGAUCACACAGUGGAUUAGAAAGCUUAGAAUUCAUAGAAGCAGAAAAAACCUCUUCUCCUGCAUUGAAUAGCAAGCUUCAGGAAGGCUUAUAAGAUUUGUAAUCACCUUGAACACGUUCCAAUUUAAGCUGCCAUAACAGAGAGUAAUAUCCCAAACAGUCCAAUUUUUGAUUCAUUGCUUCAGAAAUAAUUUACUAUUUAUUGAGGUGAUCUGUCUUGACCACUCUUUAAUCAAUAAAUAUCACAAGGGAUAUUUCCUAAAAAUGAAGAAGCUGUGAAUACCAAUGUCUGAAAUGCACAUCCUUUGGAUCUAUGCUCUUUCUGAGGUAAUAAUUCUAAAUAACAAAGAGGAAAAUGAUACCUUUUGAUGUAUGUGAAUGAUUAUUGAAAUGUGAGGUGAAAUGUACUUGCAUUUCAUUAGGUUUAAAUAUUUAAAUUAUAUUCAAAUUCCACGUGCUUCAUCUAAAUAUUUGUUGGAAUUGCAUACUUGAUAUUACAUCUGAUUAUAUUGGUGCUUUUAUCAUAUGACAUAAACUUAGAAUUAAAUGCUUUAGCGUUAUACAUUGAGGCAAUGGACAGAUGUAAAUGACAUAAAUGCAUAGUGUUACUUACUAUAUACUAUCAUAGAAUAGAAACCAUAAUAAGAGAACUCAAAAAACAGUUUGAACAAUGCAAUAGCUUUCUAUUUAGCUACUGGGCCUUGCAUCUGCAUUAACCUGAAUCCCAUACUCAGUGUACUACCUUUAUAGCUUUUUCUCUUUUGCUUUGUUGUUUUGGGUAGAUAGCAUAAUAUCUUUUUAAAACCUAUAAGGACAGCCUCAGAAGAAUAUUCCAAGCUGUAUUGCUGUACAUGUUAAAGGCAUCUCCAAAUUAAAAUAAUGUGGUGUACAUUACAUAAGUUUCAUGACUGCUCACCUCCUUGGGCUAUAAAGGUAUACAGGGACAGUCAAACUGCAAACAAACUAAUUAUGUUGUAGUCUCAGCAGUUCUAUAUUUAUGCUAACUAUUAAGGAAAGCAAUAAGCUAUGUGGGAAUCCUUUAAAUAUUCAAUAUGUUUCUCUUAAAUAUUUUCUUCCUUACAAGUCGCAUGUAUUUCAGGACUAAUAUUUUUCUCAUUGCAAUGCAAUCUAUAACACUUUGCCCUCUUUUUAAAAGAUAAUUUGUCCACCCUACCAAUAAUUUGUAUAGAAAAUUCAAUUCUCACAGUUCAUUAGCUAUCAAUGCUAUAAGAUCAAAUCAUUGCCCUUAGAAUAUCAAUGGAUUACAGCUAGUCACCAAAAUUAAAAAAAUGGCAUAAGGAUUGCUUAUGCCUGCAUAAAUAUGAACUGAAUUCAGUACUAGCAAGAUCAAUAUUUGCCUGUUUGUUUGGUGACUGAAUUAAUUUAUAAAUGUCUGAAGCUAUAGACUUAGUCUAUCUUCAAGCUAAUAUGAACAUUUGUUUUCAUACAACAUGCCAUGCACUAGAUUUUGUUGUUUUUAUUUCAGUCAAAUUUUAAAUAGAAAAAGUUUUCCUUGUAAUCUGAUAUGUCAGAACUGUACAUUAACUAAUUAAUGUAAUAUAAUGUAUAAUAUAAUGUAAUAUAAUAUUUACAA